AUGCAGAGCGAAUCCGAAAUUCAAGAAAUUCAAUUAAAAGAUGAUGAUAUUUUAAAUUCAUUAACAAAAGAAAUUGAAGAUUUAUCUGAAGAAGAGGAUGAAAUCAUUAUUUCAAAACAAUUACAAGCAAAAAACCGAAAAAAGAAAAAAUCGGGAGGCUUUCAAUCAAUGGGGUUAAGCUAUCCAAUAUAUAAGGCAAUACUGCAUAAAGGAUUUAAAGUUCCAACCCCAAUACAACGCAAGACGAUACCGUUAAUUAUGGACGGUAAAGAUGUAGUAGGCAUGGCACGUACAGGUUCUGGCAAGACUGCCGCAUUUUUGAUUCCGAUUGUAGAAAAAUUAAGAGUUCAUUCUGCAAAAGUCGGUGCUAGAGCGAUUAUAUUGUCACCUUCACGUGAACUAGCUCUUCAAACACAAAAAGUAUGCAAAGAGCUUACUAAAUAUACAGAUUUGAGAAACUGUCUAUUAGUUGGUGGUGACAAUUUAGAGGAUCAAUUUGCGAUGUUCGCUAACAAUCCUGAUAUCAUAGUAGCAACCCCUGGGCGUUUUCUUCAUUUAAUUGUAGAAAUGGAACUUGAACUUAAAACCGUUGAAUACGUUGUUUUUGAUGAAGCUGAUCGAUUAUUUGAAUUGGGAUUUUCGGCACAGCUUCAUGAAAUAUUGCAUAGGUUACCUCAGACACGUCAAACCAUGCUUUUUUCUGCUACUUUGCCAAAAUCACUUGUAGAUUUUGCUAAUGCCGGACUUCAAGAUCCAUGUUUAGUACGACUAGAUACAGAUACCAAGAUUAGUACCGAUUUAAUGAUGGCGUUUUUCUCUGUGAAACAAUUAGAAAAAGAAGCUGCACUAUUAUAUAUUCUAUAUGAAGUCAUUAAAAUACCUAAUACUCCUACAUCAUCAGCCACUAUACCUAAUAAUAAAGACGGCAAUCUAUCAAAUACAUUGUCGCAAUCUUUACAAUCUAAUCAGACAAUUAUUUUUGUAUCAACAAAACAUCAUGUUGAAUAUAUCACAAAUCUUUUGAAUCUUUGUGGAUUUCAAACGUCAUAUAUUUAUGGUUCUUUAGAUCAAACUGCUAGAAAAAUACAAAUAAAUAAUUUUCGUAAUGGUCGAACUAACAUUUUAAUUGUGACAGAUGUAGCGGCCCGUGGAAUAGAUAUUCCAAUAUUAGAAAAUGUGAUCAACUAUGAUUUUGUAGAUAGUAGUAAAAUGUUUGUUCAUAGAGUAGGGCGAACAGCCAGGGCUGGUAGGAAAGGUUGGGCCUACUCUUUAAUUACACCCGAAGAACUUCCCUAUUUACUUGAUCUUCAACUUUUCCUUGGUCGUCGAUUGUUAGUUGGUUCAGCUACAGAUUCAACACCUGAUUAUACAUCAGAUAUCAUUAUCGGAUCCUUACCUCAUGAUCCUUUGGGAUCUUAUGUGGAAUGGGUAAAAGGAAAACAACAAGAAACUAAUAAUUUGAAAUCCCUUUGCGAUGUGGCGAAAAAUGGUUAUAAGUUAUUUUGCAAAUCUAAAUCAUCAGCAUCUCCAGAAAGUUAUAAAAGAGCAAAAAAAGUUAUAGAAAUGACCGAUCAAGUUAAUGCUCAAGAAAAAAAUCGAAUCUGUUUCAUAAAUUCAAUUUCAAAUUUUCGACCACAUGAGACGAUUUUUGAAAUAGGAAAUAGAGGGAAAAAAAAAACAUCACUCAUAUCGCCUAUAAUAAAGCAACAUAAAGAAACCGCAAUGAAGACGACAACUGAUGCAAAGGAAAUGCAAAUAAAUCAUGAAAAUUCGCCUAAUUGUCAUGAAACAGAAGUAAAAGAAAUCAAAAAACGAAAGAACGAUGAUGAUACUAAAAUGUCUAAAAAGCAAAAAAAAGAUAAUUUUCGAGAUAAUGAAUACUAUAUUUCUCAUUAUCAAAAAGAUGCCAAUACAGAAAAAGGAUAUUCAGUAAACCAAGGCAUAUCGUUCGCUGAGGAAUCGAAAAGAGCACUUUUAGGUACUCAAAAUGAUGAACAAAUUCCAGGCGCAAAUAAAAAGAAAAGUUUAAGAUGGGAUAGUAAAAAGAAGAAUUUUGUUCGUAGCAACGGUAUAGAGUCUGACAACAAAAAAUUUAUUAUCAGCGAAAAUGGAACAAAGUUACCGGCUACAUAUAAAAGCGGGAGAUUCACAGAGUGGCAACAGCAACAUAAGUUAUCGAUACCUCGUAUUGGCGAAAAAGAAAUACCAUCUGCACAUUUGGACGUUAAAAAGCUUCGGCAUAAAAAGACUAUUUCCGAACCUUUAGAUCCUCUUGCUAUGGAUUACGAAAAGAGACAACAAAAGACUUCUAAGAAAGCAAAUUCCCGGAAUUCCGGUAAAGCCAAAAAUGAACUUAAAACUUCGAAAGGUGCGACUCAAGAAGAAAUGAUCCCACGACAUAUCGUUUAA